GUUUACCCUGGUUUUUGUCCGACAUCGAUAUCUUAUUUGGUUAAAAAGUUAACAGGGGGGGAUUUUAACGCUCUCACUGUAUAUAUAAACUUUUUAGUUCAGAUAAUGCCGCUUGAGAAUGAGGGCGCUUUGCGGUUAUCAACUAAAAAGCACUGUUGCCAGAGUGUGCCAAUGCAAAGUUUUGGUCAGUGUUUCCAACAUAACGUGUCGCCAGAUCUAGCAGAUUUUAAUAAUAAGUUGGCCUUACGUCGAAUUUUAAAAUGUCGAGAUUUCAAAACUAACCUCCAACUUCGUGCCAGAAAGGAACUUUAUUGCUACCGAUUAUACAGAGCUAAUUAAUUGUCAAUCAGAUGAAGUCACAGAACCUCCUUUGACAAAAAGUAUCCCAGAAGCAGAUAUUAGGAAUAUUAGGAAUGAGCAGCUCGUUUUUUGAUUAAAACAACCAAAGAGUCUCUCGCAGAGACUUUGAAUACAACCAUAGACAACAAGUAAAAAGUAAGGUUAUGUCACAUUGUUACCAGAGAAAACAAAACAAUAAUUUAAGAUAUUUAAAUUUGAAUGUACCGCGCUUUAAGCUAGUUCUUCCAGUAGCCACUAGAGUCGCCACCGAAAUUAUUUUCCCCACUUCUAACAGGAUGAUGCGCCGUUUGGGUCACGUAAAACAAUGGUGUUGCAGUGUGCACGAGUUGUACAGUACAACAUGUAUUUGCAGAGUUGAUCCGUUAAAAUAAUUUAGCGUUUUUAACAAUUUUUUGAAUUGUUGAAUAAAUAAGUUUAAAAUGGAUAGCAGUAAAAAAUAUAAAAACCCGAGUCCCGAAGAAAACGCCAAUAUAUUUUCCAAGUUAUUUUUUUGUUGGUUACUUCCAUUCUUUAAAUACGGCUACAAAAAUGAUCUCCAACUUAAAGAUAUCUACAACACCGCCAACAAAGACGCGACAGGCCCUCUAGCGGACGAACUUGAAAAACACUGGAUAGCAGAAAUCCAAAAAGCAAAAAAAUCAAACUCCACACCGAAUCUCAGCACAGCCAUCAAAAAUACAUUUUGGAAAUCCUAUGCGGUAUUUGGCUUUUCUUUGUUCCUACAAUGGGUUGUGAUAAAAAUGAUGCAGCCCUUAGUUAUAGCAUGGUACAUAAAUUAUUUUCAAGAUGACCCAAAUAAAGAUACCACGCUGGGGUGGAUCUUGGCUACAGCUGUCACCUCUAUGGCUUUUGUAAAUAUUUUAAUAUCACAUCAUACAAAUUUGGGUUGUCAAAGAAUUGGACUUAGAGUUAGAGUAGCUUGUGGUUCUCUAGUAUACAGAAAGAUUUUGAGAUUGAACCAAAAGUCUUUGGCUAAAACAGCUGCUGGCCAUUUGGUAAACCUACUCUCUAACGAUUUACAAAGAUUUGAUCAAGCUUCAACAAGGAUGCAUUUCAUUUGGAUUAUGCCCAUCCUAGCCUGCAUAGCAUCAGUUAUUAUGUACUCCCAAGUCGGAUUUGCAUGCUUAGCAGGUCUAAUAUCCAUGGCCAUACAGGCUGUGCCUAUACAAGGAUAUUUAUCCAAGCUUCAAGGUCAAUUGAGGUAUAAGGUCGCUAAAAAAACAGACUUUAGAGUGAAGCUGAUGAAUGAAAUUACUUUGGGGAUACAAGUUAUUAAAAUGUACGCUUGGGAGAUACCUUUUCAAAAAAUGGUGGAAGCUUCCAGAAAAUAUGAGAUUAGUAUAAUAACGAAAACUUCGUAUAUACUGGGCUUCACUAGGGCUAUGACUGUGUACACUGAAAGAACUGCGCUUUAUUUAACUUUAAUAACCUAUGUACUUAUGGGAAAUAGGCUCACAGGUGAGGUUGUUUUCUCCAUGGCGCAACUAUUUAACACUGUACAGUUUUACAUGUGCAUAAAUUACCCCAUGGCAGUGUCCUCUCUGGCUGAAGCAAAGGUUUCCGUUAAAAGACUUGAGGAAUUUUUGACCCUUGAUGAAACAAUGGAAGAACUCAAAGACAAAGAAAUACCAGCACAACCGGGUUUAAUAAAGCUAACCAAAAUAAACGCUAGUUGGAUACCAAACCCGAUAGUCGACACUCUACGAAACAUAGACUUGAACAUUCCGCCAGGUACCUUAUGCUGUGUGACCGGUAAUGUAGGAACCGGUAAAAGCUCUCUUCUGCAAUUGCUGCUAAAAGAACUCCCCUAUUCGAGCGGCAAACUCGAUGUACAGGGCGAUAUCACCUACGCCUCGCAAGAGCCGUGGUUGUUUGUCUCAAACGUGCGCAACAAUAUUCUCUUUGGCCAACCUUACGUCAAAAACAGGUACAAACAGGUGGUCAAAGCAUGCGCACUGGAAAGGGACUUUGAACUUUUUCCCUUUGGAGAUAAAACUUUGGUGGGAGAAAGGGGAGUCUCUCUAUCUGGGGGUCAGAGGGCGAGAAUCAACCUAGCCAGGGCCGUAUACAGAAAAUCGGAUAUUUAUUUAUUCGACGACCCGUUAUCAGCCGUCGACACCCACGUGGGUAAACAUUUAUUCGAGGAGUGCAUAAAGAAGUACUUAAACAACAAAACGAGAAUUUUGGUUACCCAUCAACUGCAAUUCCUCAAGGAUGCCGACCUUAUUGUUGUAUUGAACAAUGGCCAAGUCGAAAAAGUUGGUACUUAUUCGCAGCUUUCUUUAAGCGAGUUAAAGCAUAUUGUGGCUGAACAAAAUCAGGAGCAAAACAACGAAAAUAUUAAAGAGGAAACAAUGGAAAUAGUUAAGAGGGAUAGGAGUAUGUCUGUUACUUCAUAUGCUAGCACCAUAGAAGAAGAAAGGGAACCCGAAGAGACUGAAGAACUCAUGGCUAAAGGUGCUUUAUCCUCACAAGUAUACACAGAAUAUUGCAAAGCUGGCGGAAACGUAUUUGUUAUAAUGUUUUUUGUAUUUUUAUUCGCUAUAGCGCAGGCUAGCAAUAACGCGGGAGAUAUAUGGCUAAGAUUUUGGACUAAUAAUGAAGAAGGCAUCGAUUCUAGCAAUGAUACUACAAGUUCUAUAAAUAGCACACAAUUAAAUGUUACUAAUUUAAUAAGCAAUAUGACCAGUUCUACUGAUAUUCCAAAACUUUGGAACGAAAAUGAAGAUUAUAUUCAAAAAAGAAAUAUUUAUAUAUACGUUUACACAUUCUUUAUUAUAGCGGCGAUUAUAUUGACUAACGCCAGAUCAAUGUUAUUUUUCAAAAUUUGCAUGAAUGCUUCUCGAAAUUUACACAAUAAGAUGUUUAUGAACAUUCUUCAAGCUCCUAUGAGGUUUUUCGAUACUAAUCCUUCAGGAAGAAUUCUUACAAGAUUCUCCAAAGAUAUGGGCGUAGUCGACGAAUUAUUACCCAGGGCAACCCUAGACGCCCUACAAGUAUUUUUCGUAAUGUUCGGUAUUAUAUGCAUGGUCUUCAUAGUAACCCCGUGGAUGAUGUUGCCAACCAUUUUCCUGGGAAUCCUAUUUUACUAUGCAAGAACUGUUUACCUAGCCACCGCACAAGACGUAAUGAGACUGGAGGGGCUAUCGAGGGCACCUAUGUAUUCACACGUAUCGGCAACACUGUACGGUAUGUCCACCAUAAGAUCGUCAAAAGCACAAAGAAUGAUCGUUAAAGAAUUUGAUACGUUGCAAGAUCAAAACACGGGCACGUGGUUCUUAUACCUAGCGAACUCGGAAACUUUUGGUUUCUACUUGGACAUGAUAAGCACGAUGUUUUUGGCGAUUGUGACUUAUCAAUUUUUAAUAUUCGACGAUGGGAGCACCCUUAAAGGCGACGUCGGUUUGGUAAUAACUCAAAGUUUGAUUUUGAUGGGUAUGUUGCAAUUCGGCGUUCGGCAAACUGCAGAGGUCGCUGGUAAUAUGACGAGCGUUGAGAGGAUUCUACAGUACACCAAGUUGGAUAAGGAAGGUCCAUUCGAGAGUUUACCCACGAAAAAACCACCACAAGGUUGGCCCAGUGCUGGAGAAAUCAAGUUUAAGAAUACCUACUUGAAAUAUGUUCCUGAAGAUCCUCCUGUGCUAAAGAAUCUUAAUAUUGAAAUAAAGCCAGGAGAAAAGGUUGGUAUAGUUGGUAGAACUGGCGCUGGAAAAUCAACACUGAUCGCCUCAUUAUUUAGACUCGCCAAAAUAGAAGGUUUAAUAGAAAUAGACAACAUAGAUACAGAAUCUAUAGGUUUAGAAGACUUGAGAAAAAAUAUUUCCAUCAUUCCCCAAGAACCUGUGUUAUUUUCUGCCACAGUCAGAUACAACUUGGAUCCAUUUGACAAGUGUUCAGAUCAAGUAUUAUGGAAAGCACUUGAAGAUGUUGAGUUAAAGGACUCUGUAGAAGCCCUUACGCAAGAAGUCAGUGAAGGAGGGUCAAAUUUCAGUGCUGGACAAAGACAGUUAGUAUGUUUAGCAAGAGCUAUUGUUAGAAAUAACAAAAUCUUGGUAAUGGAUGAAGCUACUGCCAAUGUGGAUCCACAUACCGACGCUUUAAUCCAACAAACUAUCCGCAAAAAUUUCAAAAACUGCACAGUGAUAACGAUAGCGCACAGAUUGAAUACCAUUAUGGAUUCAGACAAGGUUCUUGUAAUGGACGCUGGACAAUGCGUUGAAUUUGAUCAUCCACAUGUUUUGCUGCAAAAUCCGGAGGGAUAUUUCACGAAAAUGUUGGAACAAACCGGCAAAAAUUUGGAGGAAAAAUUAAGAAAAGUUGCGCAGGAUGCACAUGAACAAAAUCUGAACAAAGCGAAAGAAGAUGCAACUGAUGAAGUUCUUGAUAGGAAUGAACCUAAAGAGGAAAAUAAAGAACAAGAAAAUGAGGGAAAUGCAGAAACCAAACUUUAAAACAAAUUUGUGCAAUUUUUGUUAUACUCAGGUAAAUAUUGAUGACAUUUUUUUUGCGUAAAACAGACAGAACAAAAAAAAAAUUUAUACCUACUUAUGUUUUUUGUUAUUAUAUUGUUAAUAUAGGAGUUAUAUAGAUGUAAGUGUUAAAAUGUAAAUAAUUUAUAUUUUAAAACAUGUAUUUUUAAAAAACUUAAUACUAUAUACUUAAAUUUAUUUUGUAAACAUUUUACCAAUUAAAAACAAUAUUUUUGUACUUUUUUCAUUAUUUACCUUCUUUAAAGCACUAAAUUAGAUGUACAUCACCUUUUUUAAUUAAAUUGAUCAACCAAGUCAUUCUCA